AUGCGCUCUGCAAACGGUACUGAUUGGAGGUUCACUUCAGUUUACGCUAGUCCUUCGGAGCAAAGAAGAAGAGUUUUAUGGGAGGCCUUGCAUACUACAGGUAGGAAUAAUAAUAUGCCUUGGAUUGUUGCAGGAGAUUUCAAUGAUAUUGCUGAUGCUGGUGAGAAAAAGGGUGGAGCUGCUAUUUCUCAUAGAAGAUGUGCCUCGUUCAGGAAAAAUAUGGAGGAUUGCAAGUUGUAUGAUAUGGGAUCUAGUGGCCCGAAAUUCACGUGGAGGGGAGGAAUUUACCAUGGAGGUCAUAGGAUUUAUGAAAGAUUGGAUAGAGCUAUAGGAAAUGAGGAGUGGAAAUUGCUAUUCCCUGAUAGUUUUAUUAAGGUGCUGCCUAGGGUGAAUUUUUCCGACCAUCAUCCUAUUCUGAUAGCACUUAAUAGAGACUACUAUGAUAAUGGGGGUCGUCAAUUCAGGUUUAAAAGUGCUUGGUUAAUGGAGAAUAAUUAUGCUGAUAGAGUUAGAGGAUUCUGGAGGCAUGGUGAGGACAUUAUGUCCAAUCUGAAUAAAAUAAAAUCUGAUGCUAAGGAGUGGAAACAGUGGAGCGUUAAUAAUGUCCAAAGAGCAAAGAAAAGAAUCUUAGCUAGACUAAAAGGGAUCCAGGAGAGUAUUCAUAUUCGAAAUGAUGUUAGAGGUUUGACUCGACUAGAAAAAAAAACUUCAACAGGAUCUGAAAUUAUUUUGAAACAAGAGGAGCUUAUGUGGUUUCAACGAUCUCAAGCAAAGUGGCUUAUUGAUGGUGAUCGCAAUACCAAAUAUUACCAUAUUAAAACUGUAAAUAGGAGAAGGAAAAAUAAUAUCAAGAUGCUGCAGGAUAGUGAGGGUAACUGGAUUGAUAAGGAUGAAGAUCUCAAGGAACUAGUUAACAACUUCUACAAAGAUCUCUUCAAAAUUCGGGAUUAG